CUUAAGUUUCUCUUUUUGGGUUUUCUUUCUUUGCUUCUUUUUACUAUUUUUAGCCUCCAAAUGUUAGAUCUUUUUACUACUUGUUGAUCUGCUCAUUUUAUUUUACUUUUUCGGUAUUUAUUUUUGAUUAUGGGUGUUACUAACUUUUCUAUUUGAGUGUUGAAUCUGAGUCUUUGGAUCUUUGUUUUGUUUUUCUCUUUGAUUUUUUUGGGGUUUCUCCUCCUGCUACCAGUAUUUGAUCCUUUUUUGACUUAGUUUUCAUUAUCUUGUUUGGCGGCUGAGACAAAUUGAUGAAAAAUGAAGAUGAUUAAUGAAUAGAUCGCCUUUUUUUUUUUUUUUUAACAAAUAACAUGCUUGAGUAAGCUCAGUUACUGGGUUUAUUUUAGGUAUAUUGACUUCUGUUCUAAAAUUAAAUAGAAAAAUAAAAAAUUUCACUUCUUCUAAGUAGACUUUCAUUGCCAACCGACUUUCUCUCUAAAGUUGUAGUCUUUUACGUUAUGAAAUUUAUUAUCCUUGGAAUAAUUAUAACCUGCAAAUUUGGUUUAGUCAUGGUGGUUUAUACUUCAUUUGGUUUUUUUUAUAGGACAAGGAAAAUACUACUGAAAGUAAAAGCCAUUUUUAGGAGUUUCUUCUUUCAGUAUUUUUGUGGCCAAAUCUAUUAACAAUUUUAAACUGCCUUACAGAAUCUAUGAAAAUAAUUCUGUAUCUGGAUUUUCUUAAUUUGCUCAUGUGUGUCAUGUAGUGUAUCUGGUGUUGCGUGGAUCCCAUGAAACAAAUUUGUACUAUUACCAAGAAUUGCUACUGCCUUAUAUGGUGAUUUUGUCCUAAUCUUCAAGUAGAUAUACUCCACCACUACUCAAAUUUCUAUACAACUAAUAGGGCCUAGUGUUUCCUUUCUCGUGUGUUUCUUGUGGUUGGAUUUAAAAUUUUGCUUGACAGUGUGGAUCUAUUGAAAAGAAUUGGUCUAGCGUUUCAAAUGUUGAAUCUGAUGGGGUAGGUUUUCAGUUUCAGUUGUGCUUUUUACAAAUGAAAGUAUGUGCUGUGGAUUGGAGCGGUUGAAGCCAACGCCGUUUCCAACAUUACUGCUGAUUUCUUCUGAAGAUAGUAGAUCCACCAACAUAGACAUGAAUCACUUGACUGUUGAGACUGAAGAUACUUUUGCGAGCUUACUUGAGCUUGCAGCUAACAAUGAUAUCGAGGGUUUUAAGCGAACAAUAGAGCGGGACCCUUCUUGUGUUGAUGAAAUUGGACUAUGGUAUGGUCGUCGGAAAGGCUCCAAACAGAUGGUUAAUGAACAUAGAACCCCACUGAUGGUUGCUGCUACUUAUGGAAGUAUUGACGUUAUAAAGCUGAUUCUCUCAUCAUCAGAUGCUGAUGUUAAUCGUUCUUGUGGCCUAGAUAAGAGCACUGCCCUUCAUUGUGUUGCCUCUGGUGGUGCAGUGAAUGCAGUGGAUGUUGUUAAGCUGCUUUUAGCAGCAGGUGCUGACCCUAAUUCAAUAGAUGCCAAUGGUCAUCGUCCAAUUGAUGUUAUUGUUGUUCCACCAAAGCUUGAUGGUGUGAAAUUUGCUCUUGAAGAACUUCUUGUUAAUGAUGGAUCUGUCAUUGAGCGUGAUCUGAGGGUUUCCACAGCAACCUCAAAUUCAACUUCUCCGCCCCUUUCACCGUCUGUAGGGAAUGGCUCUCCAUUGUCUUCAUCAGAUUCCCCAGUGAAAUCAAAGCUUCAUGAUGCAACUAUUUCCACUGCAUCAGAGAAGAAAGAAUACCCAGUGGAUCCAUCUCUGCCAGACAUCAAAAACAGUAUUUAUUCAACUGAUGAAUUCCGAAUGUAUUCAUUCAAGGUUCGGCCUUGUUCUCGUGCCUACUCUCAUGAUUGGACCGAGUGCCCAUUUGUUCAUCCGGGGGAAAAUGCUAGAAGAAGGGAUCCUAGGAAGUUCCAUUACAGUUGUGUCCCAUGUCCUGAUUUUCGCAAAGGGGCUUGUAGACGAGGAGAUAUGUGCGAGUAUGCUCAUGGAGUUUUUGAGUGCUGGCUUCAUCCAGCUCAGUAUCGAACCCGUCUUUGCAAAGAUGGUACAAGUUGUGCGAGGAGAGUUUGCUUCUUUGCCCACACUGUGGAGGAACUCCGUCCAUUAUAUGUGUCUACUGGUUCUGCUGUUCCCUCUCCUCGCUCGAGCACUUCUGGUGCUACUGCUAUGGAUUUUGCUGCAGCCAUGAGCCUCUUGCCAGGAUCUCCUUCAUCAGUAUCUGUUAUGUCUCCUACACCAUUCACUCCCCCAAUGUCUCCAUCUGCGAACAGCAUGUCUCAUUCUUCUGUUGCUUGGCCCCAACCAAAUGUUCCAGCCUUACAUCUCCCAGGGAGCAAUCUCCAGUCCAGUCGCUUGAGAUCUUCCCUUAAUGCAAGAGACAUUCAAGCUGACGACUACAGUAUGCUGCCAGAUUUUGAUGUGCAGCAGCAGCAGCUCCUAAAUGAAUUAUCCAGUCUUACUCAACCCGCUUUGAGUAAUAAUUCCUUGAACCGUUCAGGUCGUUUGAAACUAACCCCUUCAAAUCUUGAUGAUUUGUUUUCUGCGGAGAGUUCUUCUCCUCGGUAUGCUGAUCAAGCAUUGGCAUCUGCUGUUUUCUCCCCAACCCACAAGUCUGCAGUUCUCAAUCAGUUCCAACAGCAGCAAAGUAUGUUAUCACCAAUCAACACAAACUUUUCUCCUAAGAAUGUUGAUCACCCUCUGUUGCAGGCCUCUUUUGCAUCAGGCAGGAUGUCUCCUCGAAAUGUGGAACCUAUCUCACCUAUGAGCUCUCGGAUGACUAUGUUGGCUCAACGCGAGAAGCAGCAACAGCAGCUUCGCAGCCUCAGUUCUCGGGAACUAGGCUCAAACUCCGCUGCAAUUGUUGGUUCCCCAGUAAAUUCUUGGUCAAAAUGGGGUUCUUCAAAUGGGAAACCAGACUGGACUGUUAGCAGUGACGAGUUUGGUAAGCUUCGCAGAUCAAAUUCAUUUGAGCUUGGUAAUGGGGAGGAGCCUGAUCUAUCGUGGGUGCAAUCACUUGUUAAAGAAUCUCCUACUGAAAUGAAAGAAAAACUCACCAUGCCUGUCUCAACUAGUGUUGCCAUGGGUGCUUCAUCAUGUGAGAGUUCAAAUGUGAAUUCCCAAAUUGAUUCAGUUGAUCAUGUGGUGGGGGCAUGGAUUGAGCAAUUGCAGAUUGAUCAGCUUGUGGCUCAGCAAAAUUGAAUUCAAUUUUACAGAGACCAAGAGGGUAGUGAAAACAGGCAAGGUUUUGGUAAAUACUUCAAUGUUUUUUUGGGGUUUUGUUGUUAGUGGUGUUGAAGGUAACUGUUAUAGCAGAAGUAAGGGAAGUGAGCAAGGUCACUUUGGAAGAAGAAAAUAUUCAUUUUCACCAUAUAAUUGUUACAUCAGUAAGUUAGAGAACAAGAAAAAAGAAAAGAGAGACAGGGUGAGAUAGCUUUUGGUUUAGAAUAAAAAAAAAAAAAAAAAAGACCCAGGCUAGGUGUAUUUUUUCUCAAUAUUUUCAAAUUUUUAGAUUUCUAUUAUUGUCAUUUUUUAACAUUAUGAUGAGCAACAUGUUAAAGUUACAGUAUAACUAGAUUGCCCUGUUUGUCAAACUCUUAUAUUCAACAUGACCUUCAGAAUCAAUAGAAGGCCAUGACAUGAGACUAAUGAAAAGACUUUCUUUAUGGCUAUGUAGUUCUUGGACUGGAAUGAGCACAGGUGGAUGGAGUUGUUGAUGAUUGUGGGGUGCUAGUAAUUUAGAGAGAUAAUAAAGUUGACAAAUGAUGUAUUUAGUUUA